UUUAGCCAUUGGCUUGGCCUGUCACAUAUUUAACUCCCUGAAUAUUUGAAUUGGUGUUACCGGAAGCUUCAUCCCCUCAUCUACCCACAUAACUUACUCCGCACCGACCCUCCGACCUCCGAUCCCCACUCCGCAAUAUCUUCUCCCUCGCCGAUGCUCCAUCCAUAACCUCACAUCAACCAAUCCACCUCCCCCGCAGAGAAUCACCACCAUGGCGCACUCUAAGCGCAACACCUCCCUUCCCCACUUUACCUCCUACGAGCGCGAUCUCCUCAAAUCAAGCUGGGGCACCAAACGCGGCGUCAUCGGCCGCGACUCUUUCCUCCCAUUCGGCUCGUGUCGACUCUGCCUACACCCGGCGCGGGAACCCGUCGUCGCCUGCGCCACCAACGGAGAUCUCUUCUGUCGCGAAUGCGCCAUCAGCGACCUUCUCGCCCAGCGACAGGAAAUCAAGCGUCUCGAAAAGGAACGCGAUGAAGCCAAAAAGCGUCUUGCAGAGGAGGAGGAGCGGGCAUUAGAUGAAGCGCGAACACGGGAACUCCGUGAUUUCGAACUAGUGAGCAUGGGGUUAGAUGCAGCAGCAAAGAAGAAGAACGGGUCAAGCCAAUCACAAAAUGACGAGAGCUCUAAGAAGCGGAAAGCAGAUACCUCAGAGGCAUUGGCUGCUUUCAAGGCGCGAGAGGUAGAAGUGGACGGGAAGCGGAAGAAGGUGUUCGAGUUGGAUGAUAAAGAGAUGGCUAGAAUUGCGCGCGAGGAGCAGGAACGGUUGAAGAAUGAGUUAAAGAAAGAAAAGGAAGCAAACAAAUCAGCCCUCCCAUCCUUUUGGGUCCCCUCACUCACACCCACCACCGACCCGAACGAAAUCGCCGCCAACAAAACCAUUAAACUAACACCCAUUUGCCCUGCUUCUACCGACUCUAACCGCCACAGCUACUCUCUCAAAUCCUUAGUCGAGGUGCACUUCACUGAAGAAAAGGCCUCUGAUGGCUCCCCGGCCCGUGUCUGCCCAAGCUGCAAGAAAACACUGACGAACGGGCUCAAAGCAAUGCUAACGAAACCCUGCGGCCACGUCAUCUGCCAACCAUGCGUUAACAAAUUCAUGACUCCGCACGAUGCGCCGGACCCGCACGCCUCGAAAGAAGAACAGGAGCAGACCGCUGCCCUGCAUGGACGGAUUCUAUGUUAUGUCUGCGAGACGGAUGUCACACCGUCAAAUGACAGUAACAAGGAUUCUGUGUCGUCGGGGAAGAAGAAAAAGAAGGACAAGGAGGGGAUCAAGCCUGGUUUGGUGGAGGUGAGCUCCGAAGGGACAGGGUUUGCGGGGAGAGGCGGGAAUGUUGCAACUAAGUCGGGGGUUGCGUUUCAAUGUUGAUAUGGUCUGCUUACGAGUCUGGUUUGGCGUGGAGUUGGUGAGUGGUUGAUGGGUUCAGUGUGUGUGUGUGUAUAAACCCGCGUUGGGGCGCAGAAGUUGGGUUACGAACUGGCUGUGGAGACAGCGCUAUGGCUAUACCUAUAUCUAUAUCUAUACGACCUGGG